GUGACUACUGGAGAUGCGACUAAUCGACAUGUAGCUGUUUAGAAAAGUGUAAUAUUUGUACACGUUCAAAUCUAAAAAAACAAAAACAAGCGCUUACUGACAUAAACUUGAUGAAAUCGUAGUUGUAGAGGUGCAUUAACACCACUUUUAAAGAUGGGAAAGAACAAGACUAAAAACCAAAAGAAGGCCCGUGUAACAGCGAACCAUUUAGCGGAGGAGACGUUUGCAGGGGUGCCGCACUCGUUCGUAUUUCACCGAGGCGAGAUCGGAAAGAAUGUCGAACAGCUAGUUACGGACAUGCGACAAGUGAUGGCGCCUUACACAGCACAGUCUUUAAAGGUUCGAAAGAAAAAUGUUUUAAAAGACUUUGUAACAGCGGCAGGACCGUUGGGCGUCACACACUUCCUUGUGUUUACCAAAACUCUGACCAGUGUUAAUUUGAAACUGGCCAGACUUCCUAAAGGCCCCACGCUCCAUUUCCAAGUUACUAAGUACUCACUCAUCAAAGACAUAGUUUCCUCAUUAAAGAGGCACAGAAUGCAUGAACAGCAGUUUACCCAUCAUCCAUUGCUGGUGCUGAAUAAUUUUGGCCUAGAGGGCAUGCACAUUAAACUGAUGGCCACGAUGUUCCAGAACAUGUUUCCCUCCAUCAAUGUGCACAAGGUCAGCCUCAACAACAUAAAGAGAUGUGUGUUGGUGAAUUACGAUCCUGCAACUCAGGAAAUCGAAUUUCGACAUUACAGCCUGAAGGUGGUGCCUGUGGGCAUGAGCAAAGGUGUGAAGAAGAUCCUGCAGGAGAGGUUCCCCAACAUGAGCAAGCUGGAGGACAUCAGCGAUCUGCUUCUGAAGGGGGUAAACCUGUCGGAGAGUGAAGCAGAGCAGGACGGCGAUCACAACAUCACCGAACUGCCACAGGUGUAUUCAGGCCGCGGGAACAUGAGGUCACAGCAGAGUGCUGUCCGACUUACUGAGAUUGGCCCUAGGAUGACCCUACAGCUGGUAAAGAUCGUGGAAGGCAUGGGGGAUGGCAAUGUGCUCUAUCAUUCUAUUGUUUCAAAGACAGAACAGGAGCUGCGGGAGAUGCUGAGGAGGAAAGAGCUCCGUCUGAAGGAGAAAACAGAACGCAGACGGAAGCAGGAUCAGAACAUCACUCUGAAAAAGGAAAGACGUUGGGAAAACAAGAAAAAGAGCUUGGAAGGCAUGAAGAGAAAACGGCAGCAAGAGGGGGCUGAAUCUGACGACAGUGAAGUGGAGGAUCCUGGGAUGCAGGAGGACCAGCCUGCUGACGAGGAGUCUGAGGAUGAGGCAGAUUAUUACAGACAGGCAGUUGGGGAGGAGCCAGAUGAAGACAUGUUCCCCACUGCAAAGAGGAAGCAUGGCCCAGACAGAUCACAAACACCAUUCAAAAAAAGAAAACUUUCUACUUCAAAAGGUUUCGGCGGAAACAAACGCCCACAAUCUUCUGGCAAGACUGCUUUUGGUGCUAAGAACUUUGCUGGCAAGACAUUUGGGGGAAAGAAAAUGGGUAAAAUUGGGGUAGGGGGCAAAGGAUUCAGAACAAGUAAGUCAGGAGCAGUCAGAAGCAGAUUUGGAAAGAGCAAAGGAGAAAAUAAAUUUGGAAGAAACAAGGCAGAAAGGUUUGGGGAAAAGAAAAAUGACAAACACCAUUCUAAGGGGAAAGGACAAAGACCAAAAACUGGCUCAACAUUUAAAGCCGGUCCAAAAGGAGGCAAAGCAAAAAGGAACUUCAAAAAGAAGUAGAUAGACUGAAGGAGCAGUGGAUGCUGAGAUAAAACGUGAACCUUCAUCAACACAAACUUCAUCUUUAAUAAAAAGACUGCAUAUAGCUGGCUGAAUCUAACACAGAUUGUACACGUUUAUUUAAAUGUUUAUUGCAUUUACAGCAAUAAAAACUUCAGAUUUUCAGAA